AUGACUACAGUUCUUAAAGUUGCAUAUAUCCCAGAGCACUUCUCCACCCCACUCUUCUUUGCCGAACAACAAGGUUAUUAUACCUCCCUCGGCUUAUCCAUCGAAUUCAUCAAAGUUAUCGAAGGUAGUGGACGUUUAAUCAAUUUACUCAACCUGGGAGAAGUUGAUAUCGCCAUUGGAUUAACCGAAGCAUUUGUUGCCGAUAUCGCCAAGGGAAACAAAAACAUUAAAUUAGUGGAUACAUACGUUAAAUCACCCCUCUUAUGGGCGAUUAGUACUGGUGCUCACCGUGAUGAAUUCCAUAAUGAGGGACAAUUGGAAGGACAAACUAUUGGUGUGUCAAGAAUUGGAUCCGGUUCGUAUAUUAUGUCAUUUGUGUUGGGACAUAGUUUGAAAUUCGAUGUUCCAUUUGCUGAUUUCCCCGUAUUGUCUAAUUUUAAAAAUUUGAGAGAUUCGGUAAAUUUGAAAUUUGGUCCUAUUAAACAAAUUGGAGAAAUUUUUACUCCUUGGUCAUCUUGGGUUAUUACUGCUAAUGCUGAUUCUUUGGCUCAUAAAAAGGAGCAUAUUAAGAAUUUCAUUGAUGCUGUUAAUUCAGGAAUUGAUUAUUUUAAUGGACAUAUCAGUGAAGCGGUGGAAUAUAUUUCUACAAAUUUGGAUUAUUCUGCUGAAGAUGCUAAAGAAUGGACUACUACUGUUGAAUUUAAUAGUCAAAUUGGACAGACCCCAUUGGAUUGGGAAAAUAUUGUAGAGAAUACUAGCGAAAUUUUAAGAUUAGCUGGUGUUAUUACUGAUUCUGAAGAUGUUGUUAAGAGACGAUUAGAAGCUAAUAUUCUUAGUACUAAUUUGUAG